AUGGCGGAAAAGCCACCUAGCCCGCCUCCCACCCCAUCGAAAUCUGCUGGAGAUGCGGGCAACCAGCCAGGGGUCGAUUUUCGCGGGGCCAAUAUUAACGGCGGUGUAGCGACAGGGAAUGUUUCUGGGUAUAACACCAUAACUGCCAACAAUCUCACUCAGACAAUUGAGAAUUUCACGGCCAGAGUAGCAACGGCCCGUCAGAGACUGAAGGCGAUUGCGGAUAAGAUUGGCACGACCUCGGCCGUCUUGAGCAAUAUCAGUGCCCUGGUCAAGAGGCAAGCUAGCCGAGAAGGCAUCAAGAUCACGCCAGAUGGCGAGAGGAGUGCGCCGAGUAAAGAUAAGCCCGAUGGCCGUAAUAGAUUGAACAAUAGCGAAGGGGAGGAUGAAUCUGGCGUUUUGAAAAUGGGCUGCUUCAAAAGUCUGAAGGAAGCCAGUGAAGGCGUGAGGGCGGCUUUUGAACGGAUAGGCCACAAACUUCAACAUGCUAGUAACGAGAUCCAGAACGAAGUGCGCCGUGGGGGGAGUGAGAAAAUCAACUUAUCUAAAGAGGCUCAAGGAAGAUUUUCCUUGAGAGAUACAGAUAUUGAUGUCAUGGAGAAGGAAAUUGAGUCCCACAAACUGGAAAUGCAAUUGAGCUUUACCGUCUUCCAAGCUGUUUUGAAUGAUGAGAGGAAUGACACUGUAAAACGGAUCAUGUUGGAGAUCUUCAAAGAACUAAGAGCCACAGUAGCAAGUUUUAUGGAGGCGUCAGAAAGUGAUUCAAAUCGCGUGGGCACAGGCAAUAAUCCGGACUCUCGCAGCAUACCUCGUGACCCGUUGGAUACGUCAAGGACACCUUUGAACAUGCGACCUCGCAUCUUCCCGAAUGCGCCACAGCUGGCAUCUGUUUAUAUGGGAUGGACGUUCAUAAAAGGUCACCCAUCCCCUUUCGAGGUUGGGCUUGGAUUUUCUCGGCGGUCUUGGAGAUUUUCAAUCCCAUUCAGGAUGCCCUUCUCAACUGAGGAGCUCUUUCUAAAGGUUUUAGCUCAAACCACGCAGCGAGCAAAGCGUGAUCGGGCACUACGGGACGAUAUUAAAAAAAUGUUAAGAUCCAAAACCCAGAGGAGGCUCGUUGAUAACUUGCUGCUGCAUCAGAAUUUCUUGUUACAAAGAGACCACCCACAGAUAGAGUGGACAUUGACUGGCUUGGAGUGUCACACACGGAACGGAAGAAAGCCUCCAAAAGGCACGAAAGCAAUCGAUGUCAUCUUAAAGACUCAGUGGAUUCUCGGAUUUGAGCCAUGGCGUCCUCUCUGGGGAGGUCGGGGUGGGCGACCGCGCGGUCCUUUUGGUCCUGACGGUGGUCUUCCUGGUGGAAGUGGUUAUGCGUUCUAUGGAGACCCUGGCUACGCCAGCCGUGCAGGUGUCCCUGCGACAGGUAACGUCUUCGGUUACAGCAGACGCGAGCACGCUGGCCCUGAACGCGGAAAUCCGAUUGGGGGUGUCCAAAUUACCGGAGACGGGGCGAAUGGGAUACCCAGUGUUCGAGUAGAUGCUGUGCCACGAGAUGAUGGCAUGACGCCUGAAGACGAAAAGUUGGUCGUCGAGGAGCUGUUCGCAGAAUGGGAAGAAUUGGAGGACGAGAAAGGAAAAAAGAAGAGUAGGAGGGCGGCAAAACCUCCCUUGAGCGCCGGGAUGUCCCACAUCCUCGGCGGGAGCUCUGCGGAUGUUGAUCCGGAUGCAGGACUUACUCGACGAUUGAUGAGACCAGUGGAGCAGGAGAGCCAUAUAAGAGAGAAGAUGGAGAAGUCGAAGGAAAAGAUAGAGAAGGAAAGGAAGAAGAUGGAAUUCGAGUUGAGAAGCAGUAGAACACAAACGCGGGAAGGUUUGCCGCGGGGAUACAGAGGAGAAGAGUCCAGGGAAAGUGAGGGAUACAGCAGCUGGAGCGACUUGGCGAUAGAAGUAGAACCUCGCCACAGGACACGGCACAACGUGUCUCACAUAGAGCAUCUUCCGAGACCGCCACCAAUGAUGUCGGGCGGUUCGGGUCCGGCAGCAGAGUAUCACGAUAAUAUCGGGGGCGGCGCUCAUAGGGAGGCAAGAAUUAUCGACGUCUCACGGAGAGUGGGAGACCGAAGGUCUAAGAAAUCCCAUAGGGUUGUAGAGCGUAGACCCCAUUCUUCUGAGGACAAGCGCUAG